GCCACAAAAACAACAAUCAGCGCUCGAUGCAGUAUUAAACAAAGAGUAAUUUUUGAUUUUGGGCCUCGCACGGGCUAAAAACAAUCGAGAUGUGGAUACAGCCCAAGGAGCUGCUCCUGCCCUCGGCAUUUUGGAUUGCCGAGAUGCACUCAACAUACUUUGUCCUACAGAAGCGACGUGGUCAUGGGGAAUCCCGUGGCUUUGGUUCCAUGUUGGUUGGAACCUACGACAGUGUAAUGAACACCAAACCGGCUCCAUAUCGCAUACUCCAUCAAACACCAUCAUCGGAGGUGUCUUACGAAAUCGCCAUUGGCAUUACCCAGGAUGAGAUAGUUAAGGACUGGGAAUGGCUGAAGGCAAAUCUCUUUAAAGUUCUGGACGAGAUGGAGAACGAAGACGAGGUGACCAACUUCACCAUAUGCAAGAUCCAAUCUCUCUUUACGCAAAACAAUCAAGACGACAGUGGCGAAUCAGCCGAUUUCAAGGUGAUGAAAUCAAAAUUCAGGCAGAUUUUCAAAAUGCCCGAGGAAGAGCGACUUGUUAACUGCUACUCGGCCACAUAUGUUAAAAACAAGAUUCCAAGACAGGGUCAGCUCUACAUAUCGCUGAAUCACGUUUGCUUCUACUCAUAUAUGCUGGGCCAGGAGAUAAAGCGCAUAAUACGUUUUGCAGAGCUGGAGGACAUUAGCCGAAAUGCGAAUACCAUCUAUCUAAAAACCACCAAUAAUAUGACCUACAAUUUCACAAUGCUCUUUAACGCUAGUGAGGCGCAUCUAUUGAUCGAGCAGCUCAACAAAAUGGCAAUUCAGCAACUUAUCCAUGAUCCUGACAGUCCCGUGGUCGACCACGAUACUUCUAACUUCGCACGGUUGGGUGCCAAAACUUCAAAGAAGCCCGUCCUGCUGCGUGACUUGACAGCUCGCCAGAAAUCCGAGGAGUUUCGCAUUUAUUUCCGACUGCCACAGUCGGAGAUCAUCGACGGGAAGAUCAAGGCAAACAUUUGGACACCUUACUCAAAGCGCUUUAAUUCUGGGUUUAUAUAUCUUUCGCCGAAUUUCUUUUGCUUCCGUAGCGAUGUUAAGGAUUUGGUCAGCGUUGUUAUACCCAUGAAGACCAUUAAGAGUGUGGAAAAGAAGGAUGAUGGUCAACAGCGGUUCGAAAAUCAAAUUGUAAUUAUUACAUCAGAGAAUGUGCCUUUCAUGUUUGCUCAUAUCGUGGACAGGGAUGUACUGAUAUCCAAGAUCACAGAUCUUCUCGCACGAAUUCAUGUUCCUGUGAGUCGCGAACGGGCCAAGUAUGACAUUUCAUGGAGCAAACAGACAGCUCUGAUGAACACAUUUAAGACGCAGUUUAGCUCGGAAAUUAUACAAAAGCAGGAGGAGAAGAUGGUGCGCUGGGAGGCACAUUUCAGAGACUUUGGACGAGGCAUUGGUAUGUUCCGCACCACGGACGUGAUAAAUCUAAUAGUGGAGGGCAUUCCCGACAAACUGCGUCAGGAGAUCUGGCUGAUCUUCUCGGGGGCGAUUCAUGACAAGGAGAUGAAUCCGGGACUUUACGAGGAUCUGGUAGAGAAAGCGGCUUGCAUCAAAAAUUGCUUUGCCCAUGACGAAAUCGAUAGGGAUUUGCCGCGUUCGCUGCCCGAACAUCCGGCUUUCCAAAGCACGGAUGGCAUUGGAGCUUUAAGAAGAGUCCUGCAGGCCUAUGCGUUGCGCAAUCCGCAAGUGGGAUACUGCCAGGCCAUGAACAUUGUGUCGUCUGUGUUCCUACUCUUCUGCGACGAGGAGAAUGCCUUCUGGAUGUUGGCUAGCCUGUGUGAGAACCUACUGCCGGACUAUUACAAGGAUAAGGUGGUGGGCGCCCAGAUUGAUCAGGGUGUGCUUAACGAGCUGGUAGAGACGCAUUUGGCUGAUUUGCACGGACAUCUUGAACAGCUGGGAGUUAUUAAGAUGAUUUCCAUUUCCUGGUUCCUAACCAUUUUUAUGAGCGUGAUCAGCUACGAAAGCUCAUUGCACAUUCUAGACUGCUUCUUUUAUGAAGGCGCCAAGAUUAUCUUCAUGAUCUCCCUGCAGAUUAUUGAGUGGAAUAGGGAAAAACUUCUGCAGUGUCAGGAUGAUGGAGAAGCUAUGCUGGUAUUGCAGAACUAUCUGGAGGGGAUCUACAACCCAGAAUACCAGGUUCCUCCAACGACAGACAAGCGGAAGAUGGAACGUAAAGUCCAAACCCAAACAGUACAGACCCUGAUCCAUGAGGCGUACACAAAGUUCGGAGAGGAGAUCACCCAGCAACGCAUUGAGGAACUUCGUAACAAGCAUCGUCGGUUGACCAUGCGGCAGUUCGAUAUCGACAACGAGAAGACCAUUGUAAAGGCCUACGUCCAGAAUCCGUACUUCAGUCGCAACGAACUGCACAUGCUGCUAACCAUAAUUCGGGAGGAGAAACACGCCCUGAAAUCUUUGCAACAACAGCAGCAAAAGGCUCAAUGCCCGUUGUCAGAGAUGCCACAGCUGGUGCCGCAAUCGCCUAGCAGACCGGUCCAGGAUGCUAGCACUUCUGGAGGCAGACACGAGGCCUACAGUGUCAACUAUGAGGUGUUCCACACACUCUUUACAGAACUGACACCAUGGCGCAAGUGUGUCAGCGUGGACAUUGGCGAAAAGUUGUUUAGACUCACCGAUAAGAGAAACACAGGUUUUCUAGACUUUGGUCAACUCAUAAACGCCUUGGGUCUGGUUUGCUCCACCAAGAAUAUGGAGAAACUGAAGCUGCUGUAUGUCCUGCAUCUGCCGCCUCUUCUGUCCAAAGCGGAGAUCGAAAGAUCGCGGCGCCCGCGUCCACGCACUAAAGAUGACGCCGAGGAAGCUUACGAAGCGGAGGACUUUUUUGACAACGAUGCCUCAGAGUCGAUGGAGGCGUUGCCUUCGCCCUCGGAUCACAACUUUGAUGCUGAUGACUUUGCCUUGAUCACUGCUACACAGCACCUGCACAACUUGGCUGGAAUCUCGGGAAAUACGUUCAUGGAUCUAUCGCGUACUCCAAAUCUUUCGCUGAACUCCAAUACCUCUUCGUUGGCGCAGCGUAGCUCAACUUUUUACGUGGACCUGCCGGGACUCCAGGGUACUGCAACAUCCACAGAUGCUGGGCGGGACGAUGACGGGCUCCAGAGAGAGCUUCGCCAGCAGGGCCGUUACGAAUCGAUUGACACAUUUUCGGAUAUUUCAGAUCUGGGAGCGGCUCGCAUGACGCCGCCCGGAGCUGGAUUGGGAGCGGAUGUGGCAGCCGGAGCAGCCUCAGCUGCGGCCGCCGAUAAUAUGCUUCUGAAUGUCGAGACUAUAUCGAAUUUCUCACAGAUCAGCGACUUGGUUGCAGCCACGCGACUGGAACGCGCUGACUCAAAUGCCACGGACUCACGGAGCCUGGGUAGCCUCGGCUAUCUGCUGGACCAGCCGGAUGAGGGCGCGUCUAGUUCCCAGCGCAGCAUUCCGCACAUGCGUAAGGAGAAUUUCCAGCUUUUGUGGCGCAGCAUAAUAGAGAUAAUGGGUCUGGUCCAAGAUGAAGAAAUGCAGAGGGCUUAUGAGAAUCUCUUGGAGCUGGGUAACAGUAACAUAAAGAAGGAGCCCAGCCUGGAAAGCUUCACUCAGCUGAAUAUGGGUGGCGAUGAGCAACCGGAUAGCAAUGGCAAUCCCACCACACCGGCAGCAGAACCAAUAGGCACCACCCGUCUCUUUGUUGCUCUGGAGGAGGAGUUGCGUCAAGCUAGCGGCAAGGGUAGAACGACAAGCAGCGGUGAUAGUAGCAACAGUAGCACAAACAUUUCCGAAUCCUGGCACAUAUCCAUAAGCCAGUUCAUCGCCACGGUACUGACCGUCAACAGCAUUGUAAGAGGUUUCCAAACACCCAUCCAGAUAAGCGAACAGAUCGAGCAACUGCAAAAGAAGCGGCGCAAGUGUUUGUCCACCAAUUACUGAAUAAUCAUAGUCCCUAUCCCACUAUUUCCUAUACCCAAUCCUAGCCACAAAACUGUAUUAGCCAUAUAUGAGAGCCCGACCGAUCCUUGAUCCUUGUGCAAUGCGGCAAGCUUUUAAAAGUAUCCAUGUUUUAUGUAUGUAUAUUGUAUUGCCUCUACCGUUAAGUUAAGACAAUUGUUUGUGAAUAUAAUUCUAUUAUUCCUAUUAUA